UUUUUUAAUGAGCGAAAUUGAUGAGGAUUAUGUGGAUGUGUGUUAAUAGAUGCUUUGGUCUGUUGCUCUCUCAUAUUUCUGCAUCCCAGAGGAGAUGUUGGUCCUCUCCAUUUUUAGUAUUGCAGUGUCUGCAGUGUCCUCACAAUUGGAUUUUGUUCGUGCAUUAAAAUUCACUGUGAUGAGGAAGUGCUGGGUUUUCCCCCUUUUCUCCCUUACGUGACACUGCCUGCUAAGAUUCAGUGUAUAGUAAAUAAUGAGUAUUGUUACUACAUUAUAGGACUACUAAUAAUUAUUAAUUACUGUGCUAAUUAGGGUUCUCCUUUAUCUGAAUGCAAGCAUUUAUAGUCCUGAUGGCAUUGUCUGUACAAAGCAGAAACUUGAGAGACAAGGGGGAAGGUGGACUACAGAACAGAACUGCAGCUUGCUCAGAGAGGCCUGUGGCUUGGUGAGGUGCUGGCCAUGCCUUGCUCUUUCAGGAGAAAAGCAGAGUGCUGGAAAAAAGAGGCAGAGUGCUGGAAAAGGCUGCUCAGGGAGAUUGUGGAGUCUCCUUCUCUAGAGACAUCCAAGCCCCUGCCUAGGCUGGGUCACCACCAGCAGUUAGACAGGAAUGUCUCCAAAUGGGGCUCCAUUCAAAUAGCUCACCUCCCUUCCAAUCUUAAUAAUCCUGUGAUUCUGUGAAAAUCUUCCACCAAAACUAAGAGUAAUUGCAAUGUGGUUUUAGGGGUGGAUUUUAGUAUUUUGCACAAUUCUUUAUGUCACAGAUUGCUGCUUGAAGAGUCUUGUAAAAUCAUCUCAGCUGACUGUUUUUCUUGGAGUAGUGUGCUAAUAGUUGAUAUUUUGUUUGCAGUUUAUUUGAUCAGUAACAUCAGUUUUCCUAGAAAUACAAUUUAAGAGAAGGAAAUAGAUGUUUUUAAAUUUCUUAUAAGACUAUUUAGUGUAAGAAAAACUGGUGUGAUGUCUCAUCGAGAUGUGGGCUGUAAUUCUAAAUUGGCUAUGGAUUCGAAUUUCUCAGUAAAGCUUAUGUAAACAGGGAAUUAACAUAGUUUUGUCAUUUUCUGUCAACAAAAUAGAGAAGUCAGGUGAAUUUCAGCUCAGUUUCAGUUGGCUGUUGCUUGAGAGUGGUAGUAGGAAGGGAAACCAGAGGAAUUCCUGUAAGAACUUCAAUCCAGUGCUACCUAACUGCUACCUAACAUAAGAAUCUCUAGGAACAGAUUAUGAAGAGAAAUACCUUUAUUCUCCAGUGAUGAUGGGUGGGGAAAUACAGAACACCUUCAAUAGGAAGUUUCUGAUGAAGUAGGCAGAGCCUAUCCUGGAAAUCAUAUUGCAGGGUUUCCAGUGUGUCUGUAUUUAGGCUAUCUCAAGUACUUGCUGUUUAUAUUUUUGUUCCCAAUCUAUAGGUGUGUCCUCUUGCCUUCUCUCCCAUCUUUUUGAGGCUGACUAGAAAGCUUCCAUUAAUAGAAGGACGUUUUUAAUUUCAAAUUUACUAACCCGGGAUCUGGAGGUCAAACUUGUAAACCUAGCAGACAGUUUUGCAUUCCAGUACCAAUGGUGAGAAGAUGAACUGCUGCAUUUUGGACAAGCUGAAGUUUGGAAUGCUGGGACAUAAAGAACCCAUUGAGAAGGAAAUUACAAUAGUUAAGAGGAGAUGAAGAGCUGUGCAAAGUAUCUGCAGUAGGAUGGAAGCCUCGGUAAUAUUACCCAUUCUGAAGAAAAAAUUGGCUUUUCUUUCAGGAGGGAAGGACAGAAGAAGUGGCCUCAUUCUGACAAUUCCAUUAUGCCUUGAACAGACGAGUAUGGAUGAGCUGAGUGUCACACUAGACUAUCUUCUAAGUAUACCAAGUGAGAAGUGUAAAGCUCGAGGAUUUACUGUGAUAGUGGAUGGCAGAAAAUCUCAGUGGAACGUGGUAAAGACAGUUGUGUUAAUGCUCCAGAAUGUUGUUCCAGCUGAGGUGUCACUUGUUUGUGUAGUAAAGCCAGAUGAAUUUUGGGAUAAGAAGGUUACACAUUUCUGCUUUUGGAAAGAGAAAGAUAGACUUGGCUUUGAGGUAAUUUUAGUAUCUGCUAACAAGCUGACGCGAUACAUAGAACCAUGCCAACUUACAGAAGAUUUUGGAGGAACUCUCACCUAUGAUCACAUGGAUUGGUUGAAUAAGAGGCUGGUAUUUGAAAAGUUCACAAAAGAGUCAACAUCUUUACUGGAUGAGCUUGCUCUAAUUAACAAUGGAAGUGAUAAAGGAACUCAACAAGAGAGAGAGAGAUCAAUAGAUUUGAACUUCCUUCCAUCAGUUGAUCCUGAGAUGGUAUUGCAGACAGGUCACGAGCUGCUGUCCGAGCUGCAGCAGCGGCGGUUCAAUGGCUCGGACGGAGGCGUGUCCUGGUCUCCCAUGGACGACGAGCUGCUGGCGCAGCCGCAGGUGAUGAAGCUGCUGGACUCGCUCCGAGAGCAGUACACCCGCUACCAGGAGGUGUGCAGGCAGCGCAGCAAGCGCACGCAGCUGGAGGAGAUCCAGCAGAAGGUAAUGCAGGUUGUCAAUUGGCUUGAAGGACCUGGAUCAGAACAACUAAGAACCCAGUGGGGAAUAGGAGAUUCCAUUAGAGCUUCACAAGCUUUGCAACAGAAACAUGAAGAGAUUGAGAGUCAGCACAGUGAGUGGUUUGCUGUUUAUGUUGAGCUUAAUCAGCAGAUAGCAGCUCUUCUAAAUGCAGGGGAUGAGGAGGACCUUGUGGAAUUGAAAGCAUUGCAGCAACAGCUGAGUGAUGUGUGUUACAGGCAGGCCAGUCAGCUGGAAUUCAGGCAGAACCUGUUACAAGCAGCACUUGAAUUCCACAGUGUUGCCCAGGAUUUGUCUCAGCAGUUGGAUGGUUUACUAGGAAUGUUAUGUGUGGAUGUAGCACCAGCAGAUGGAGCAUCAAUUCAACAAACAUUGAAACUACUGGAAGAGAAAUUGAAAAGUGUUGACUUAGGCUUGCAAGGCUUGCGUGAGAAAGGUCAAAGUCUUCUUGAUCAGAUAUCUAACCAGGCAUCAUGGGCCUAUGGCAAAGAUGUGACCAUUGAAAACAAAGAAAAUGUGGACCACAUCCAAGGAGUGAUGGAAGAUAUGCAGCUAAGAAAACAAAGGUGUGAAGAUAUGGUGGAUGUGCGGCGACUGAAGAUGCUUCAGAUGGUGCAGUUAUUUAAAUGUGAAGAGGAUGCUGCUCAGGCAGUAGAAUGGUUAAGUGAACUGUUGGAUGCUCUGCUGAAGACACACAUCCGACUGGGAGAUGAUGCUCAAGAAACAAAAGUUUUACUGGAGAAACAUCGAAAAUUUGUUGAUGUUGCACAGAGUACCUAUGAUUAUGGAAGACAGUUACUGCAAGCAACAGUGGUCCUGUGCCAGUCCUUGAGAUGCACUUCAAGGUCCUCAGGGGACACACUUCCCAGACUGAACAGAGUGUGGAAACAGUUUACAGUGACUUCUGAAGAAAGAGUGCACCGCUUGGAAACAGCUGUUGCAUUUCAUUCAGCUGCUGAAAAGAUUUUGCAGGAAUGUCCAGAGCCUGAAGCUUUCAAUGAAAUGGAUCAAUUUGAUGAAAUUGAGGCAGUUGGGAAAUCACUGUUGGACAGACUAACAGUGCCUGUAGUUUAUCCUGAUGGGUCUGAGCAGUACUUUGGAAGCCCAAGUGAUAUGGCUUCUGCAGCAGAACACAUUAGAGAGAAGAUGAAGUUAGUUAGCCUGAAAAAGCAGCAGCUGAGACAACCAGAAGCCACUACCCCAGAGAGCUAAUACUGACCUUGUCUGAAUUCAUAACAGGACUUCAGUUUGUAAUCCAGCAUGUUGUUUGCAUAUUACAGAAUUUGGUAUAAUAUAUUAAAAAGCAUUUCACAGCUAUUACGAGUCUCAUUUUUUUUCAAAGUAAAUGUUCUCAGCAUCUUAAUACUGUACAUCUAUCAAGCCAUAAUUAUUUAACAUGCUAUGAAACCAUAGACUCCAAGUAUCUUAUGAAAAGGAACUGUAAACUUUGCACUGAAAUUUGCUGUAAAGCUUUACCUGACCUGUCAGCUGCUUCUUAGUUAGACAGCUGAUGCAAGCUUUGAGUGGUGCUAAUUAAAGUGUUAGAAGUUCCAUAUUAUGAAACUAGUUCUUUGCUUCCCCCAUGCCCAGGUGAUGUAGUAAUUUUAGACUGUAAAGAAAGUAGCUGCAGUGUAGACUGUGGUAACCCUGUAAUUUUAAUUUGAAAUACUUUAAAAAAAUCAUUUUUAUUGUGCCAGUAUGCAACCUGCCCAUCAGAUCUUUGAUAUAUCAAAUUCAUUAAACAGAUGUUUUCCUAUUUGUAUUGAUAAUGUAUUAAAAGCUGUUUGUGCUUAAUAAAAAUCAUCUUUUUAAAAUCUA